CAUUGACAAUGACAAUAAAUUCUUGAUUUGACGUUGACGUGUGUUUGCAAUUUUGCAAAUCAAAUUGUUUGUUUUGUUAAAAGAAUAAAAAUAGAUUUCGAUGAAUUGCAUGUUAUAAUAAAUGUAAACCAGUCCAAUUUUCGUUGUACAAAAAAGCAACGCAAUUACCUUAAUUAUUUUUUAAUGUCUAAAAUAAUUAUUACUUUGUCUCAUAGCCACAUAAUUGAACUGCUAAAGUUCUAAAUAAUUCCGACAUUUUUGUUUAAAAGAUGACCAUCGACGAGAACGAAGUUGUAUUAAAUUAUAUUAAUGGUUUGCCUGACGAAUUACUGUUGGAUAUUUUCAAACGUUUGCCCCUAGAAACCUUGCUCACUUGUGAACAUGUAUGUAAACAUUGGAACAAGCUGGCCAAAGAUCCUGCGGUGUGGAAGCAUAUUUUAUUAAUAUAUUCUGGUAAGCCUGGUCAAAGUGAAAUAAGUGAGAAAAAUCUAGAUAUUAUAACUUCAAAUCCCGAAUAUGUUUACCGCAUAAAGAUUCAAUAUGUUUAUAAUUAUUCUGUAAUUAAAUCUGUGAUAGAACAUUGUUUUAAGUUAACUAGUCUAGAACUUGUUAUGUGCCGUAUUAGUAAAGAAUUUGAAGAGGACAUUCUAAAAUGGCCUAAUUUACGAAAAAUAAGUUUAAAAAAUUCAAUUUUACUAUCUAGCGAAGUAGAUUUUUUGAUAAAGUUUGAUAAGUUUAAAAGGUUAAACUAUUUAGCCCUCUCUGAUUUUGGGUUAAACUCUCUAAAUUGUGAGACACUACUGCAAUGUGAUUAUUUGACUCAUAUUGCAAUUGAAAAAAUCAAAGAUUUGGAUUUAGAUUUUAUAAAGAAAUUAAUAUUGUCGAAGCAGAGAUUAUUGAAGACUUUUCAUAUUUAUGGUGGGAGUUCUGUUGAUGAUAGUGUUUUACAAUUGUUAGCUCAAUGUACAGAACUAAAGGAUUUAGCCAUAAUAAGAAGUGAAAGUUUAACAGAUAGAGGUUUGAAAUGUUUAAUGUCUUUGCAAAGAAUAGAGCACUUGCAGAUCUGGAACAACAAUAACUUUUCUGAUUUAGCUCUUCUAACAGCUCUGGAAAGCCCAGCACUAAUUACUUUAACAAGUUUGAGUUUAUCUAGAAUACAGAAUAUCACACCAGUUAUUGUUGAUCUUAUAUCUGACAGUUAUAAGAAUCUCAAAUUCCUAGCAUUAUAUCAGUGUCCUAGAAUUAUCAAUACAGAUUAUGAGAGGCAGCUAAAGUCCAAAUUUAGAAAUAUUGAUGUGGUCUUAUUUUAAAAAAUACUAGCGGCCACCCGCGACUUGGUUCCAUGUAAAACUCAAUGUAAACUUUCAACUACCCCUACCCUACCCCUAUUCCAUUAAUCUUUAAAUUUUUUUCUAUCAUAAGAACCUUUUGCAAAUAACAAACACAUAAAAAAAAUAGUGAAAUUGGUCCAGCUGUUCACGUGUGAUGGGGUGACCAAGGGAUAUAUGGAUUCAUUUUUAUCUAUAUAGAUAAUAAUUUAUAGGAGUAUAAAAAAUACCAUGUAAAAUUCACAAACUAAGUAUAUUCACAGUAUAAAUAAUGGCAUUUUCAUAAAUCAGAAAGGGACAAGUAAAAGACUAAUUAAUUCAUUAUUUAACUAACACAAAAACAAAAGAUCUUGAUUGUGAUAAACAAGAGGACCUAUUCACUUUUAAUAUCAUUUAUCUCUUAUAAUAAAAGGACGCACAAUCAAGGAAAUUUUCACUUAAAAACUGGCCAAUUUUGCUUUGAAAGUUUUAGAAUUAUUGGUUAAGAGAAUUAUACCUAAAUAUAGUCCAAUAUUCAAUGAAAUCCCAAAUUCAACCUUAAGAAGUUAGUUUAAGGUUGAAUUUGCAAAUGAGACUACUUGCAUUGCCAAGAAGUUGUGUUUGGCACUCAUUGAGUGGGGAUGUUUUUUGGUCGCUGAUUAUGCAUCCACUUUUUAAUAAGAGAUUGAUGAUUAAUAUUUCAAUACAUUUGACAUCAAACACUCAACUGACUUGUAAGAUGUUGUCAUUGAGAAGUAUCAAUAUUAAACUAUGUUGUACUAAAGUUUUAUUCAAUUUUAGGUAACAUGAGCAGGUACAUUUAGCAACUUGCCACACCACCAAUCAUUCUUGUGCACUCCUAGCAUGUGUCAAUAAUACAUCUUGUGAAGAGAGUAUAUUGUCAACCAAUAGCAGCUAAAACUAUCACUCUUUCACAAAAUGAGAGGAAUAUUUUUGAGUUCACCACUUUUGGUUGGCAAUAUGUCUUUCUUUUGUCACAAGUUAUGUUUGUUACACAUGCUAGGUGUCCUGAUUGGUCUAAAUAUAUGGAUAUAUGGAAUCCCUCUAUUAUCUCGUAUUGUAUCUCACCUCACCACCAAUAAAUGUCUGAUAUCUUAUUCACAAGUUUUGUCUUUGUCAAAAAAUAUAAAGUAAGAAAGUGAUACUUAUGAGAAGGAGGCCAAACAAGCCUUCGUUUUUUUUAAAUGUGACCAAUAUUCCCAUUUCCCCUCCAAUUAGGUGGGAAUGACUGUUAGGAGUGGGUACAACAAUAGACCAACGGGGCAGGGAUCGAACCACCACUCCUCGGUGAUGAGUCUGACUCUUACCAUUGAGCUAUUGAGGAUAUAAUAUACAUAAUGAUUUGUCCAAUGUGGCAUGUUGCAUAUAGUGUGCCAUUUGCAUACUUUUAAAAUAAGAUACAUUUUUAACAAAUCAUGAUUCUUUUAAGUAUUUUGCUCUUACAAAAUAAAUUUAUUUAAAAAUUAUUUACAGCUUGUCCAAUGUUAAAAUCCUAUAUAUUAGAUGACCUUGUAAAGGGGUCUGUGGUCAGCCAAAUAAAGUAAAAACAUAAAAAUGAGACAUGAACAUAGAUUGUUGUGAUAAUUCUGUGAUGCA